AUGGGCCCGGCUGGCUGGAUGGGUGAGGGUAGGAGGGAGGUCACACUAAAUGGGUGGGGUCAGCUGAGCUUCAGCUCCGCCUCCUCAUCCUGCAUGUGCCUGAUAGGUUUAUACUCCCCCACGCGGUCACCAACCCCCCCCACGGUCACCAAACUCCCCCACGCGGUCACCAAACUCCCCCACGCGGUCACCAAACUCCCCCACGCGGUCACCAAACCCCCCUCCCCACGCGGUCACCAAACUCCCCUCCCCACGCGGUCACCAAACUCCCCCACGCGGUCACCAAACUCCCCCACGCGGUCACCAAACCCCCCACGCGGUCACCAAACCCCCUCCCUACACGGUCACCAAACUCCCCCACGCAGUCACCACACUCCCCACGCAGUCACCACACUCCCCCACGCAGUCACCACACUCCCCCACGCAGUCACCACACUCCCCCACGCAGUCACCAACCCCCCCCCGGUCACCAAACCCCCCUUCCCACCAAACUCCCCCACGCAGUCACCAAACUCCCCACGCAGUCACCAAACUCCCCCCGCGGUCACCAAACUCCCCACGCGGUCACCAAACUCCCCCACGCGGUCACCAAACCCCCUCCCCACGCGGUCACCAAACUCCCCUCCCCACGCGGUCACCAAACUCCCCCACGCGGUCACCAAACCCCCCACGCGGUCACCAAACCCCCUCCCUACACGGUCACCAAACUCCCCCACGCAGUCACCACACUCCCCCACGCAGUCACCACACUCCCCACGCAGUCACCACACUCCCCCACGCAGUCACCACACUCCCCCACGCAGUCACCACACUCCCCACGCAGUCACCACACUCCCCCACGCAGUCACCAACCCCCCGCGGUCACCAAACCCCCCCCUUCCCACCAAACUCCCCCACGCAGUCACCAAACUCCCCACGCAGUCACCAAACUCCCCCCGCGGUCACCAAACUCCCCACGCGGUCACCAAACUCCCCACCCACGCGGUCACCAAACUCCCCACCCACGCGGUCACCAAACCCCCUCCCUACACGGUCACCACACUCCCGCACGCAGUCACCACACUCCCCCACGCAGUCACCACACUCCCCCACGCAGUCACCACACUCCCCACGCAGUCACCACACUCCCCCACGCAGUCACCACACUCCCCCACGCAGUCACCACACUCCCCACGCAGUCACCAAACUCCCCACGCAGUCACCAAACUCCCCCACGCGGUCACCAACCCCCCCCGCGGUCACCAAACUCCCCCACGCAGUCACCAAACUCCCCCACGCAGUCACCAAACUCCCCACGCAGUCACCAAACUCCCCCACGCAGUCACCAAACUCCCCACGCAGUCACCAAACUCCCCACGCAGUCACCAAACUCCCCCACGCAGUCACCAAACUCCCCACGCAGUCACCAAACUCCCCACGCAGUCACCAAACUCCCCCACGCAGUCACCAAACUCCCCCACGCAGUCACCAAACUCCCCCACGCAGUCACCAAACUCCCCCACGCAGUCACCAAACUCCCCCACGCGGUCACCAAAUGCGCUCGGCAGAAAAACAAGGGGUGCUUAA